AUGGGAUAUUUCAGACUAGACGCUUCGAUUUCUCAGCAUGUGUCCAAGCAUAACAACGAACUGCUCAAUCAAACCGUGGAAUUGGAGAACUUUUCUAAUAUUGUUGGAAGUGUUGAGUCUCGUAUCAUGAGCGUUUCUGGAAGCGUCAAUAUGAUCAAACAGAGAAUUGCCAAGCACUACGACCAUCUUAGCACUCAAGUAACUCUUAUUCGCCGCCUAGGCAUCGUAUAUGAAGCUUUGCGGGGUAUCCUUCGUAUAUCCUCAACUUCGAGAAAACUGCAUGCGUCUUCUGACAUUGUACAGUCAUCUGAAUGUAUAGAAGAACUAGAUUAUACAUUCAACUUGGUGGAGUGGAAGGGGAUAACCGUCUUAGAAGAGCAGCAUAAGGAUGUAGUGAAGGAGAAGGAGCGCGUCACUAGGGAGGCCUGGGAGCUGGUUCAUACCUCAUUCAAAAGUAGAGAUCGAGCUGGUUUGGGCCUUGCGUUACAAGCAUUCAACAAUUUGUCCGUGUUACCGAAAGUUAUUCAAGCCCUAGUUUCUGAUUGGCAGACAGAAAUCGAAAGUGCGGUGAAGUCUUCUGCAGAUGUCGAAGACCUCAGCAAACGAGCGAAAGGAAAGGUCAUUUCAUCGUUAACUUCAACCGCACCAGGCAAAGCUUCAUUGCCCAGUGGUGGUGGUCAUUCCGCAGCAUUUCGAAAUCUUCUUUGGGCUGGAUUGGACCAAAUGGUCGGAACUCUCGACCAGUGUUUAGCUCAAGUGCGUAUGCUGUGUGUCAUACUGAAAAAGAAACGCUCAUCUGCAGGAAAUGCCUCGACGUCCACUACUUUGUUUAGUGGUCUUUGCAAUUACCUUUUAAAGAAUCUGGAUAAUCCAGAUGAAAGGGAUUGCUGCAUCGCGAUUAUGAUGGUUCUUUAUAAUGAAGAAAGAAAUUGUGCCAAUGACUUUGUUUUGUCGAAAAUAAGGCAACUGGCGAAGAAGGUUGAUUCGUGCUUGGCCGAGGUGUGUUCUGAUGGCCUUCUUGGUUGGAUUGUUACCUGCCUGAACGCUAUCUUUGAACCAGCACUACGUAGGCGUUCGGGUCAAUUGAAGGAAGCCCUUGAAAGGGACUACCCACGACUGCUGAAGCUCUUUCUUAACAUCAGCGAUCAGCAGCAGCUACUUUCAGAUCCCAUUAGGAAUUUCUUGUCUCCCUUUGAAACUGCCUAUCUUGGUCGCUGCUUGACGCGUCUUUGUGAUCGUGUCAAUUCGACUUUUGCUGACGUCACUACCUCGGAAAGCAAUGGUGAAAAUCUUCCAAGACUCAUCGAUGCUGAGCGGAUGGUGCAAACGGUUGCGACAGAGCUGGCGCAUUCUGCUGCUGUGCAACGAGAACUCUUCUGCAAGAUUACUUGUAAUGUGGCAAAAAUGGUGGCUCUUUUCUCAACCAAAGUCGAAGCACUAAUCAUCACAAGCCCUGAGGCAUUCCAAGUGUCUGCUGAUGGAUUACCCACCACUGCACAGCAAAAGAAUGCCCAUCUGGUAAAUUUCACCUGCACCUUCGUUGACCGGCUCCGAAUAACUGUCGCGGGACACGCCACUGUUCAACAGCAGAUGUGGGAGUGCAGAAAGUUGGGAGUGGAGGAUCCUCGGGCAAUUAUUGAUAAGGCUAUCGUAACUGAGCUCUCCAGCGUCUGUCUAUCAGCACUUGAACCCCUUCUCAAAGCCAUUAAAGAUUACAUUCUCGAUUAUAUCCUACCCAGGAUGCACAAGGAAAUCCCCGACGGCGAUGAGGAUCCACCUUAUGUGCACGAUCUACAGGCAUUUAUUAACCGAAUGCGAACUGAGUAUUUGACGGGCUUCUCAGUCUCCCUCUCCACAACGGGCAGCGGCUUUCGCUCAGCAGACAAACCGAUUUUCACCUCAGGGGAAGCUGCGGUUCGUACAGGCCUCCAAACCCGUGUUCUACCUCACUGCCUGGACGCCUUAGCCGUGCACACUAGUCUCUUUCGACCAUGCACCAAUGAAGCGCAGCGCUCUCGCCUCACCACUAGCAGCGCCGCCAUCGAGAUGGCCCUAGCCACUCUCGCUCCGCCCUCUGUCUCCACUGAGGGCGCUUUCGCUCGUUUGCGCACCCUCCGACAACUCUUCUCCCUCCCUACUGAGGAUAUCCUCUCCAUGAGCAAAUCGCAAGGGCUGGCAUUGUUGACAGAGAGCAGUCGCAGAGCAGUGGGUUUGGGUGACGAUUGUCUGCCAGGCAGUCUGGUGCUUCACCACGUAAUCGCGCGCUCUCCAGAGGAAAUCCCACUUCCGCAUCAGACGGCCUCCGGUUGGAGCCUAGACCGCUACAUCCGCUGGUGCCUUUUCACUGCGGACGAGGCGACGCGAUUGGCCUUUAUCACCAAGGCGCUGGACGUCUACACCGAGCAGGUACAGGAGCGCAAACAGCGAACCUAUCCGCCCAUCUACUUGGUAAUUCGUGAUCUCCUCGAGUAUUAUUUGCAUCAGCAACAGUAA